CGCAGCUGCAGGGAGCCGGCGCGGGUACGCAGACGAUAGGCGUUCUGUGCCCGCUGAAAGGUGAAGACCUGACCUGAGGAAGAUCUGGUGGAACUGGAACUGGAGCAAGCAGGGUUGGGGUUCCUCGGAAAAACUAGCAUUUCCCCAGCCCACCAUGGCCGACGAAAUUGAUUUCACUACCGGAGAUGCUGGGGCUUCCAGCACUUAUCCUAUGCAGUGCUCGGCCCUGCGCAAAAACGGCUUUGUGGUGCUCAAAGGACGACCAUGCAAAAUAGUGGAGAUGUCAACUUCCAAAACUGGAAAGCACGGUCAUGCCAAGGUACACCUUGUUGGAAUUGAUAUUUUCACAGGCAAAAAAUAUGAAGAUAUUUGCCCUUCUACUCAUAACAUGGAUGUUCCAAAUAUUAAGAGAAAUGAUUAUCAACUGAUAUGCAUUCAGGAUGGUUACCUUUCCCUGCUGACAGAAACUGGUGAAGUUCGUGAGGAUCUUAAACUGCCAGAAGGUGAACUAGGCAAAGAAAUAGAAGGAAAGUACAAUGCAGGUGAAGAUGUGCAGGUGUCUGUCAUGUGUGCAAUGAGUGAAGAAUAUGCUGUAGCCAUAAAGCCCUGCAAAUAAAUGGGGACAUAAGGCAUGAGCAAACAGUUUAGGUCUGGAUCAACUGCAGAUCUAAAGUUUGGUUCUAAGUUGUCACCAAAGCUAUGGCCUUCAUAAGCAACCUCAUUUUUGUUUUUUUUAACUGUUUUGAAAUUGUGCUGGUUCAUUUUGCUGGUAGUUGGUAACUUAACCAAAAAAAAAAAAAAUCAAGAUAUAUAAUUCUUUUUUUUUUUUUAAUUUUGUGUCUUUCCUAUAACAUUCCUGUGGUUUUCAGUAUGUGAGUCCAAGAAACAUAAAGCUUCAGCAAAUGUGAUUUGUCUGAGCAAAUCAUUCCUUAAUUUUAAUAAAAUGAUAAGUUAAACCAGGGUUUUAAAAGAUAAUGUAGCAUUUGGUGGUAUUGAAAUACCACGUUUAAGUUGAAUUGCUUUGCAUUAAUUUCAAACUAAUGUCAUAGAAUACAUAAAUUAUGGUUUAAAAUUGUCAGUUUUAGCCUGUGUAUGGCAAAUACAUCUUUAAACAAAAAUCAUGUUAUUAA